CACUGUGUAGAGCAAGUGUCAGUUUUUCAUCAUCUAUCGGACCGUUUGGAGGCAAUCCAGUUAAGCACCCGCAUUUGUCGUUAAAAUGUAUCUGAAAGAGAUCAUUAUCAAUGGGUUUAAAAGCUACAAGCUGCAAACUGUCGUUGAGCGUCUGGAUCCCAAGCAUAAUGUAGUGGUGGGAAGGAAUGGUUCGGGGAAAAGUAAUUUCUUCAGCGCAAUCGAGUUUGUACUCAGCGAUGAGUAUAACAAUUUGCGACCCGCACAACGCGUCGGUCUGAUUAACAAAGGCACGUCAAAGAACCGGUCCGAUAGUGCGUAUGUGGAGAUUGUGUUUGACCAUUCGUCAGCAUCGCAAACCACACCGUCGCCGGGAACGGAAACACGCAUUCGACGGACCAUUUCAGCCACCAAAGACCAGUACACGGUGAACGGGCGUAACGUAACGCGCAAAGAGAUUGACGAGCUGCUCGACACACUCGGCCUCUCGUCGUGCAAUCCGUACUACAUCGUGAAGCAGGGCAAGGUGAGUCAGCUCACGAUGGCCCGGCCCCGCCAGCUGCUGCAGCUGCUGUACGAUAUCGGUGGCAUACGCGUGUACGACGAGAAGCUGAAGGAGAUCCUGAAACUGUGGCAGGACGCCGACAAAGGUCUGCAGCAGAUACACGCCGAGCGCACUGCCCUGGCCAAUCGGCUCGAGCUGCUCUCCUCCCAGCAGCGGGAGCAGCGGGCUUUCGAGCAGCUGGAAAAGAAGCAUCGCGUACUGCAAUCUGUCGUGCUGGAUAAAAAGCAGCAGUCUGUGCUGGCAGCUCUCGAGGCUCAUGGCCAGGCCGGGCAAGAGUGGAAGGAAAAGCAACGCGCGCUGUUGGAGCAGAAAACGGAAGCAGUGAACCGCUCGAAAGCGCUCAAACAGGCGCAGAAAGACAAUGAAACGGAGCUGGCAAGCGCGGAAGCGCUAAAAGCGGACAAAGCGACAGAAUUACUUCGCCUGGACCGACAUAAGACGAGGGUGGACCUGAAAGUGGAGGACCUGCAGAAAGAGCUGAGACGGCAGCUCGGCUUGCAGAACAGUGAGCAGGAGCAGCUGGAGAAAGAUAAUGAGGAAAUUGCGGAGCUUCAGGCAAAACUGCAAACCCUUUCCGGCGAGUGGGCAAAGGUGCAGGAACAGCGAGCCGCAUUGGAUUUCGACGUGCUGAUGAAAAAGCAGCUGCGCAGUGAACGGUUAAACAAACUGCGGCGUGGAGAGCAGUUCUCUACCCGCGAGGAGCGAGACCGAUUCCUGCAGCAGGAGAUUGCGUACGCCGGCAAACAGAUUGAGAGCGACUCGAAAGCCUUAGCCGAGGCAAAGCGGGCACGGGAAGCGCUGACGAAGGAGCUAGCCAGCGAGAAGGCCAGCCACGAGCGAGAUGAGGCAGAGUUAAGGGAGCUGACCGAGCAGGAGCAGUACUAUGCGUCGCAGCUGGCCCAGAUCAGCGAGCGGCUGCGCGAGGCUAAGGGUGUGCUAGACGAUCUGCUUGCCAACGAAGCGGCCCAAAAGCUGGAGCUGAACGAUUGCAAAGCACUCAUAGCCCGGCAGGAGCAAACGCUGCGCAAAAAGCUGGGUCCGGCAACGUACCAGGGCUGCAAAUCGGUACGCACCGUGCUGGAUGCGCUGUGUGCGCAGGGCAACGACGGCGGUAGGGCCGGGGUGGCGCAGGGUUACUGUGGCCGUGUGCUGGACUUGUUUCACUGCGACGAAAGCAUCUACCAGGCGGUGGAAACCGUCGCUGGCAACAAACUGUUCUACCACGUGGUGGAAUCGGAUCGGAUCGCCAACGAACUAAUCGCCCUGUGCACCAGGCACAAGCUGCCGGGCGAGUACAACUUCAUGCCGUUGAAUCGUUUGCACGCGAGUAAGCAAAAGUACCCGCCGGACAGUGCCUCGGUGCGGCCGCUAAUUUCCCUGCUAACGUACGACGGUUGCUACGAGCCCGUGUUUCGGCACAUCUUUGGCAAAACGUUGCUGUGCGAGGAGCUGGAAACGGCGGCCCGGGUGGCCCAACAGUACGGGCUGUCCUGUGUGACGCACGAGGGGGACACGGUGCGCCCCGGCGUUCUGUCCGGCGGGUACCGUUCACCGACCGCUUCCACCAUUCAGGCGCGUUUGCUUCUCGCCAAUUUGGACGAUAAAAUGUCGCAGCUCGAGGAUAGUCUCAAAACCACCGCGGAAUCCAUACCACCGGCCGCCAGGCUGAUCAAAGGCUCGGAGCUGGAACACACCAACGAAGCGAGAAAGCUGGAACGGGCCAAACAGCACGUGGAAAGCGUACGGGAGCGGAUUCGCUCCUUUCCGGAACGGUGCCGCAAGCUGGAGGCGAAGCUGAGCGAAGCUGGGAGCAAAAUCCGUGCGCUGGAAACGGAGCUGCAGUUGGUGCGCGCUAAGGUGGACGGUUUGCGGCGUGAGUUCGCGACCAAGUUCGACUGCGUGCUGUCGGAAGAGGAUGUGCGGGUGAUCGAGCAGCUGGACGCGGCCAUACGAGAGAUCGAGCGCCAGAAGCACGAAGCGUUCAAUGCCCAGCUGCAGGCAGAGCAAGCAAAGGCAAAGAUUGAGAAUCGAUUAAACGCUGUACUGAUUCCGAGACGCGACGCGCUCGUCGCUUCCGGCGGUGGCGCUAGGUGCAGAGAGCUGAAGGAGCUGAUACUGCAGUGUCAGCGGGAGCAGGAUGCAUUCACACUCAAAAUCGACAAUCUGCAGAAGAAGAUGAAGGAAAAUGAGCAACUCAUACUCAAAGGGACGGAAAGGCGUAACAAGCUUGCCGCCGAGCUGGACCGCUGGGCUGAAAAGUUGAAAACCACCGAGGAGGCCCUCAGCAUCGGCGAUCCGCAACAAAUGCGACACGAGGCCCGGAAACGUGACUUGGAAAAUGAAGCACGCCAGUACGCCGAGCAAAUCGGUGCGCUCGGUGUUUUGCCCGCCAUUGAUCGGGCGUACCAAAGGAUGGAUCUGCCAACGCUAAUGAAGGAACUGGAUCGCACCAGCAAGCAGUUGAAAAAGUUUGGCAGCGUCAAUCAAGCGGCCACCGACGAAUCCACCCGCCUGUCGCAAGAGCUGAGCUCGAUCGAUCGGAAGCUGCAGCAGCUGGAGCAGUCCCGGGCGCUGCACGAUGCCAGCAUACAGCAGCUGCGCGCCCAGCGCACCGACAGCUUGGAGCGAACGUUCGACAGUGUGCGGCGAAACUUUGGCGAGAUUUUUAGCAAACUGGUACCGGCCGGUUGCGGCCAGCUAAGCCUACAGACAGCGGACCUGGACGACGCCGCUGAGGGGGCCAUCGAGCGGACGGACCACCCGGACGGCGGGGAGCCGGUGGAUCGAUACGUGGGACUGCGGCUGGAGGUUUCGUUCCGCGGCAACGGGGAGCUGAUGCGCGAGAUGAACGCUUUGUCGGGCGGGCAGAAAACGUUGGUGGCGAUAGCGCUCAUAUUUGCGAUUCAGCGGAACAAACCGGCCCCGUUCUAUCUGUUCGACGAGAUCGAUCAGGCGCUGGACGCCCAGCACCGUAAGGUGAUUGCGGGCGAGAUCGCUGCACUGAGCGCCAGCUCGCAGUUCAUCACGAUCACGUUCCGGCGGGAGCUGCUGGAGCACGCGGCCAAGUACUUUGGUGUGCGGUACCGGAACAACAUGAGCUUCAUCGAUCCGGUGACGAAGCAGCAGGCGUACGAUUUCAUUGUGGAUGCAAAGAUCCAAAGCUAACCGUUGUGCUGUGGCCACUCGGGAAAGGCGAGUAUGUAGUGGAAUCGGUUUGUGAGAUUAGUUAGCAAAAUAAUCGUUAUUUGUUUUUUAAUAA